AUGGCGGAGAUCCUCCUCUACGUGCAGGCGGCGCUGACCGACGAGGCCGCGUGCGCGGACGCGCACGCGGCGGCGCUGGCCACGCUCUGCGACACGCUCGCGCUCACCGACCCGGACGUGCUCCUCGGCAUCGUCGACGUCGCCUACUUCGCGGCCCGCCUCCCCGGCUUCCUCGCCGCCGCCGCCCCCGGCGCCGUCGACCAGGGCGACCUGCCCGUCUUCGCCGCGCGGGCCAUCGCCGAGGCCGUCGACAUCCUGCCGCAGUGGGCCCCCACCUUCGCCCAGCACGGCGCCGUCGAGGCGCUCCGCGACCGCCUCCUCGCCGCCGACAACAUCGAGCUCGCCGAGGAGUGCCUCCGAGCUCUGGACAAGAUAUCCGAGGAAUGCCCGGACCAGUGCCUCCGACUCGGCGUCGCCGCCGCCGCGCUGCACUUGUUCGACUUCUUAUCAGCCAGCAAACAGAAAGUGGCGCUCAAGAUCGUCGCCGAGCUCGUCCAGGAAUGCGACGACGCGGACGUGCCCAAGGCCAUGGAGGCCGCGCCGGCGCUCUGCAACCUCCUGCAGUCCGCCGACAACUCGAUACUGGAGUCGGCGCUCUCUUGCCUGGGAAUGCUCGCUGCCGAUGCUCACGGCAAGGCCGAGCACAUGGACAGGCUCUGCGAGUCCAAGGUGAUCGACACGGCCAUGGGGCUGCUGGACAAGGACGGCUGGAAGACCCUCGGCGACGACACUUUACCUGGCAUCCUUGGGCUGCUCAAACACAUUGCCUCCGCCUCAGAGAAGGCUGUGAACUCCCUUUUCGACCUUGGUGUCUGCGAUUUGCUCAAGCAGAUGAUUACUUACUACAGUCGCUCGCACAGUGGCAGUGAUAAGUUGGAGAUGCUUGUGGAAUUCAUCUACCAGCUUAUGCGGCCUCUUGGAGCAUCUGGGCAGGAGAAUGCCACCACAGAGCAAAAUGCACACAUUGACCAGCUUGCUAGCAUUGUGACCCUUAUAACACAGGUUGCGAAAUGUGGUGCGCUAUCAUCGGUUUGCUACAGGUGCAUUGUUGUCAUCGGCAACAUUGUUGAGUUAAGCACACCUACUUUCCUGGUGGAGUUGCAGAAGACUGCAAAUCUCUCAAGCUUUCUUACUUGUCUGUUGGCCCGGAAGAACCGCCAUAUCGUGUUCCAAACGCUCGAAGUUUCAAAGACCCUCCUGAAAAAGCACCAUCAGUUUUUCUUCGAGAGUUUUACCAAGGAGGGUGUAAAGCAUGCAAUUGAGACCAUACAAGCACAAGAAAAAAAUAGAAACUCCAGUCAGAAGUUGAAAAAGAAAAACAAUACGCAAGAAUGGUGUUUGUGCUUUGAAUUGGACUUGGAUUCUUCCUCGACAGAUGGAUGCAAGAUUGAGAACAAUGCUAUCUUGAAUCUAGCAGAAGAGAUCAAGAAAAGCUUUGUUGUGGUGAAAGCAAAUAACAAAUCUCCACAUAGGUUUGGAUGUGUUCUUAAAUUUGUUAAAGAUUUUUUUGCUAGGCUGAAUCGGCAUGCCUUGACAGUCCCCACCCAGGAUCUGGAUCUCUGCAAAGAGUUGUCUGAUAUUUCGAGGAAAUUUUUAUCAGAUGAACUUCCAAGUACCUCUACUUUUACGUUUGCAAAGAGCGGAUCAACCAAGUAUUUAGUAGAUUAUCUCUCCAAUGGGGCAUAUUUGAAGUCAAACCUCAAUAAUUGCCAGGACUUAGCAGAGCAGCUUAAGGAAGUGCAACAUCGAUUGCAGAAGUUCACCCAUUUGGCUCUUAAGGUGUCCAAUGGAAGCUCCGUGAAGCCCCUUGAGAUUUUGGUGGAUAAGCUGCUAGAUGCUCUGCACAUGUCUUACGACAGUUUUCCUGUAAUACUAUCUGAUCAUGGACAGCGUACCCGUGAGAGCACGAUGAUUCCUCUGAGGCAUUCAACAACCCAGGAAUCAGAAUUACUGGAUAUAAAAUUUGUAAAGGCGCGCAGGGAGAAGGAAUUGCGCAGUUAUGGUGGUGUUCUCCCAGUUAGUCUUUCUUCAAAGCCAGGUGACAUUGAAGCAGUCCUUUGGCCUGAGGUUUCCAAAGGGAAUGCGCAGGGAUCCUCAAGAUUGAUGUUCUCUUACAAAGGCACAAAACUCCAGCCAUCUGCAACAAUUUUUGAGUCACUUGUGCGUUUAAUGAAUGCAGGACAAUCUGAUAUUAUGAUUGACUCGUCUUUUUGGGAUGAAGAGCACAGAAUAUCAUAUAACAGAAACAAAUGUGAGAACGUCUCUUCUCCGAGUUCCUGUAAUACUCAGCUAUUCGCCAUGCAGGAAAAACUUGAACAGUCAUUGGUAAAGGACCCAUUUUUCUCUACUCUAUUCCAUGGGAGGCUUCCUGGUGAUGUGGAUGAAUCUGAUCCAUCCUACAACUUGUUAUUAACGCUGAAAGUUCUUGAAGGGCUUAAUCGUUUUUCAUAUCAGCUGUCAAUGGAUCAGCAGAUAUGCAAAUUUGCUGAAGGCUACCUCCGGAGUUUGGAUGACCUUAAGGUGACAAUCUCUCCGAUUCCACAGCAUCAGUUCAUGAGUAGCCUUCUGACAAAUAAGCUGGAGAUUUAUAAGGUAAAUUCGACCACAUACUGA